AUGGUGUAUAUGCUUUGUCUUCUAGUAAAUUUCCUACGACUGAAUUCGGCCACGAUUACUGAAAACAAGUACAAAGUGGUGACAAAGACAUUAAUUCAGAACCAUGCUGCAUCUUUUUUAUCUUCAUCAACCUGGAAAACGAAGCUGGGAUGUGCUACCGCGUGUGACAACUCAGACUGUUUAUCGUUUUCCUACAACUCCGCCACGAGGGAGUGUAAGACCUACAGAGACGAAAUAUGUCACAGAGACGACGGUGUGACGUCAUCGACAGUGUCAUUCUACGUGAAAAACACAAUACUUGAAGAUUUGAACCAUUGUGGAGAAGUUCCAUCUGUCUACUGUUCAGCAGUAUACACGGUCAAUCCAUCACAAUAUGGGGCUUUUGAUGUCUAUUGUGACAUGGACACCGCUGGUGGACCUUGGACGAUAGUAACAAACAGAUACGACGGAACCGUAAACUUUUACGAAUCGUGGGACAAGUAUAAGAACGGUUUUGGAAGUUUGACAGGAGAGUACUGGCUAGGCUUUGAGAAAUACAGAAUUCUGCAGACGCAAAAUCUGAAGAUGAGAAUUGAAAUGGGUGGAUGGGAUGGGUCUUUGAAGUAUGUAGAGUACACGUCUCUGAUAGUGUCAUCAGAGUCGUCAGAUUAUAGCCUGUGGUACACGGGGUUCAGUACACCGCACGGAUUAGGCGACAAACUAGACGAGGCCAUAAACAUGCCCUUCACAACAUACAACCGCGACAAUGAUGACAACGACGACGGAAACUGUGCUGAUUCGGCGACUGGGGCUUGGUGGUAUGGCAACUGUUAUAGUUCGAACCUGUUUGGUCAGCGCGUAAAUGCUGAUGGAUACCAGGCUAUGGUAUGGAAAUAUUUCUAUCCAGAUGGAGGUGAAUAUUCGGCACUGAAGUCAGUCAGAAUGAUGCUGGCCAAGCCGUAG